GGGAGGAGAGAGGGGAUUGAACAUAAGUGGAUGCCUGGAAAUGGCUAGAGAUUCAGCUGCCCCGGAGGCCGUUGGGUAAGUUCUCGCCUAUUUCUGGGUCACUUGAGAAGGGCUUUGGGAAUUGAAUUGAACUGAGCUGAACUGAAAAAGAGACGGCUGACCCAUCUGAUUUCUAACAUCCCUCCCACUCUGUUCCCCUGUUCUAAGGACCCUCCCAAGUCUGACAUUCCCCGUUCUAAGGCUCCUCCCAGUUUGACACUGACGGUUCUAAAGGUCCUCCCAGCUCCUCAAUCCUCCAGAAAAGCCAAAGCCCAGGAGGGAAGCGGCUUCCCUGACGGACUUAGGCAGCACCCCCGCCCAGUUCCUGCCCCUUCGGGGUCCGAGCUCACCACCUAAGUGCCCGCAUCGGGAACCUGGUCAGGGACCGGGCAGUGUUUCCGUGGCUCUGCCCCAGCCCCAGCCUUACUUGGAUCAAGGACCCUCCGGGGUCCCUGGCUCCCGGACAGCGGCCAGCCCGAACCUUCUCAUUGGGCAGCCACUCCUCAUUGGGCAGCCGCUCCUCAUUUGCGUAUUCGUCCGCUCCCGCGAGCCGAAGGAGAUACUUCGAGGGUGUCCAUUGGUCCUCAGAGCGUAGACGUCACGAGCGGUUCCCACGGACUUUUCUCGGACUGCUUUGGAGCCCCCGGGCCGCACUUGGACUUGACCUCAGAGCCAGUGUCUCUCCCUUCUCGGCUCUGCUGCGACCCCCGGUGCUGCCGCCCGGGACUCUGUCCCAGGACUCGCGGGCAUGGCGGAGCAGACGUCCGGCUGGAGCCUGUCCUUUUCUGGCUGCGGCUUCAUGGGCUUUUACCAUGUUGGAGUGACCCAGUGCCUGAGCGAGCGCGCCCCGCAGUUGCUGCGGGACGCCCCCAAGCUGCUGGGAUCCUCGGCCGGGGCUCUGCAUUGCGCCACCUUCUUGUGCGGGCUCUCCCUGGAAUGUCGACUUCAAAUCCUCAUGGACCUCGUCAGAAGUGCCAGAAAGCGCAAUCUUGGUGUGCUUCAUCCUUCCUUCAAUAUGUCCAAAUAUCUUCGCGACGGGCUAAACAAGGUCCUUCCAUCUAAUGCUCACAAGCUGCUCUCUGGCAAAAUGAGCGUCUCCCUCACCAGAGUGUCCGACAGGAAAAAUGUGCUGAUAUCAGAUUUUGAUUCCAAGAAAGAGAUUGUUGACGCUUUGGUUUGUUCCUGCUUUAUUCCAUUCUACUGUGGUUUAAUUCCCCCAACUUUCAGAGGUGUGCGAUAUAUAGAUGGAGGAGCAAGUAACAACAUGCCUUUCAUCAACGCCAGCACCACCAUCACCGUUUCUCCUUUCUAUGGGGAGCAUGACAUCUGUCCCAGAGUCAAGUCAACCAACUUCCUCCAUGUGAACAUCACCAACCACAGCCUACGUCUCUGCUCAGGCAACAUUUACCUCCUGGCCAGAGCACUUUUCCCACCAGAGCUAAAGGUACUUGCAGAGAUCUGUCUUCGAGGAUAUUUGGAUGCACUUAGAUUCUUGGAAGAAAAGGGCAUCUGUGAUUCAUCACCUUCUUGUCUGAAUGUGCCUUCAGAAGAGAGAAAAUCAGAGAUCACUUCAUCCUGCAGUGAAAAUGGGAGUCCUCCAACAUCUCUGAAGAGGCAGAACAAUAGUGACAUCACACCAGAGGCCGUUGAGUUUAUUGACCAUCUACGACUCAACAUAAUUCCAUGGGACGAGGACAUUUUGAAAAUCGUCUCCCCUGAAGUUUAUUUAGCUGUGGAAAAAGCAAUGAAAGAAAAAGGUGGAUACUUGACCAAGAUACUCAACUGCUUACCAGUUCGGAUAGCGUCCUAUAUGAUGCUCCCAUGUACACUGCCUGUGGAAUCUGUGAUUUUUGUUGCACAAAGGUUAGUAAGCUGGUUUCCAGAUAUGCCGGAUGACCUCGAAUGGUUGCAGUGGGCUGCCUAUAAAAUUUUUGGUCUAGCAUGAGAUUGUUUUAUAAAAUCCAGGUGAGGAAAUGAAGGCCUGUUCCAAAGCUGCUCAAGUUGUUGUGGAGUCUGGAGAAGAAUCUACACUUCCAGAAUUAAAAUUCAAGUGAUUUUAUCUUAGAUAUCCCUUCCUGUUACAGUCUAAGAAGACAAGGAAUCAUUUUUACUUUUCAGGAACCAAAGCCCAACUUUAGGAAGAAGUGACCAGCUUGCCUGUCUCAAGCAGCCUAGAACAGCCUACCCUUGCUCAGAAGCUCUCAGCUCUUUUAUAGUCUGGAAGAACGGCUCAAUGAAAGGCUCUCAAUUUCAUCUGCAAUGGAAGCCAAAGCUAGCAAUAAAAGACAUUCUGUCUUAAGAUCCAAUCUCACAUUUUUCUUGAAUGAUAAAAUGACUGAGGAAGAAGAUUCUCUUUUUCUCCAAUAGAACAACAUUUAUAAGUCAUUUCAGAAGAGAAAUUUAGAAAAUUAUUUGUAAGGGCAUAAAUCCUUUAUCACAUUUGAGAGUUACUUUUCAAACUUCAUUUAUAAUGAUCCAUCAAAUGCUACAAUCAUACAGAAGUGUGGAUUUCUGUUCUGAAUCUUCAAAUUUACUUUUAUAAAAAAAAAAUUAAAAUAGAUCAACAAUUUUUCAGUCACUUUUGAAGGAAACGAAAUAUUUUUGCUCUUCCUUUUCUAAGUCAAGUGUUUGAGUUGGCUAGGUAAAUAGGUUAGGGAGUGAUGCUUCACAAAAAGAAAAGGCCAUUGACCCAGCAGGCAGUCAUUUCACUGGCUGGUGAGAGAUCAUUUGGCAUUGAGAAUAUUUUCAUUUCUCUUUUGGAGGAACUUUGACCAUAUAAAUAAAAUGCUUGAUAAAAGGAACCAGAUUAGGAAAGAUAUGAGGGUUUUUAAUGUCUAUGUGGUCUGUAUUUAUGUGCAUCAAUAUCUGUAAGUUUAAAAAAAGUUUUUUUCUAAA